GCAGACUCGAGCUCCGCUCUCCGCUCCAGGGCAGGCGUGGCUGGGGGCUGCCGCCUCUGACUGCGUUCGGCUCGGGACGGCUCACGACCCCCGGGGUCCCCGGCGUCGCCCGCCGCGGAACCCGGUCGAGAGGGAGAGAGCGUGCGUCCAGGUCCAGACUUCGGUCUUCCCUUCGGGGGCCCGGACCCCGGGAAGGCAUCCCGUUCGCCUCGGCGGAGGUGUUUAUCAAGACUCAAUCCAGUGAAUGAAAUACCUUCACUUUUUCUGCUUCGGAUGCUGAUUUAAUUGACUUCUUUUCCUCGUAAGUGUGAGAAGUCAGAAGAACCAAGGUUCUCCACCGAAAGUAAUAGUUUGGGGGUUGGAAGAGAGUAGCCACCUGCCUUUGGUUACUCAAGAUGCAGAAGAGUCAAGGAUAUUGCAGCUAUUGCCGUGUGCAGUACAGUAACCUGGAACAGCAUUUGUUCAGUGCUCAGCACCGAAGUUCCACCAGACAGAGUAGAAGUCGUAUAUGUUCCAGUGGUUUGAUGGAACGUUUCUUGCAGGAUGUACUGCGACACCACCCGUACAAUUACCAAGACACCAGAUCAGCGCAAAAUGAGACCCCACCAAAUCCGGGGUCGCCUGAUGUGGUGGUUGUGGACGAGUUUCGUCCUGAAGAAAGGGAUGAGGAGACUGAGAGUGAAGAGAUGUACUCCGACGAGUCUGAGCCUGCUGAAGACCUACAGUGUCGACCUAGUCAGUCACAGGAAUGUGCUAGCGGGUUUUCGUCUCGGCCGUCAGUUAUUCAAAAACUGGAGAUGGGACAGCAGCAGUCCUUGGCGUUUGGUCAUAAAAUCGAGAGUGGUAUGAGAAAAAUUAAUCCAGUAGAAAUUGCUCAACCUACAGAUAAUGGAAAAAAGUUAAUACGCCCCCCGGUGAUUUGUAAUGUGUCUGCUAGUUAUUUACCUAAAAGUCCUUAUGAAAGACCACUGUCAGCUAAGACUACUAGGUUAGCACUAGCUGUCUCUUCAGAGUCUUUUGGCCAAAGUGAUGAUGCAAAUAGAUUUGACCAAUACUUUGGAGAGCUAGGUGGGGCAGCUAGCAGCCCUAUGUCUUCAGAUACACAGGAGAAACCUAAAGAAACAAAUAAGCAAACCAUGUUUAUAGAUGUAGAUAAAUUGCUUUCUCAGAGAGGUGUAAGAGCUAGGGAGGAAACUUUGAUACCUGUCUAUGAAUUCCGUGAACUUAGCGAUAGUGAGAGUUCUACAGAAGCUGAAUCUUCUGAAUUCGCAGCAAGCUCAGUGGUAGGGCUGAAUAACCCUGACAUGUCUUCGGAUGAAGAAAUCUCUGAAGAGGUCAUUCCAAAGCACUGGGAGGCAUCUCUUUCCAGGAGGAAUUAUACCCAAGAAGAAAGGCAGUUAGUUUUUAAUAGGCCAGAAGCUUUGGAAGAGGAAUAUUCGGCAAGUUCUGAAGACGAAUUGGAUCAUGGCUCUCUUCAGUCAACCUCUGGCCAAUCCCGAGAUGCUGAAAAAGGCUUAGAGGUUUGUGAAGAAGUUGGCCAAGAAGAUAAGCACUCUGAAUCUAGAGGUUCUCAAAUGAGUUUUGAUUGUGGUUCCUCUUGUCGUUCAUUGAGUGCUCUAUCUGACCUGACUAUUAAAGAAGAAAACCUUUCAGAGGAAAUACCUGAUAAUUUACAGGAUAAGAAUAAUAAAUCCAGCCCUUCUGAAACAGGUUCAGAUGAUGGUAGUACCGAUUCUGUUCAGGUAGUUACCAGCCAGUCUCAAGUGACUGCUGAAAAAAUAAGUCCUCAGAAUAAAAAGCGUAUUAGCUUAGUUGAUGAAAGCUAUGAUUCCAGUGGCUCCGAAAUGAAUUUUGAUUGUGGUAACAAGUCACUUCAGGCAAUUAGUGAGUGCUCCCAGAAUUCUGUGCAAAAAGUAAAGCCCCUGAACAAAGCACGCAUUCAGUUGGUUGAUCUGAGCUAUGGAUCUACCAGCUCUGAUGAAAGCACUGAUCUCUCAUGUGAAGAACCCCCAGUAGUUGCCACAGAAAUAAAACGUAAGAAGAAGGCUCGAAUUAGUUUGGUUGAUGAGAGCUAUGGAUCCAGUAAUUCUGAGAGUUCUGAUAGUGAUACUUCUCAGGACCAGCUACCAGUGACUGUCAAGGGAAAAAACCUGAAAGCCAGACCUGUCUACCUAAAAAAUAAGAAACGCAAACCCAUUAGUGCUAAAGCACAUCUUGAGACAGUGGAUGAUGAGCCCCAGAGAGAUGUUGAAGAGAUAAAUCUUCUGAAAAAGAAGAAUGCUGGCCUUGUGGAUAUGAACUGUGAGUCUCAUGGUCCUGAAAUGGGUUUUCAUGCUGAUGCUCAAUUAGUGGCUGAUCGAUCUCAAGUAGCAGUUAAAGAAGUAAACCCACAGAAAGUAGAUAUUGGCCUAGAGAUUAAGAGUGUUCAAUAUAGAAUUGCUAAUCUAAGUAUUGAGUCUCAUGAUUUUAUCUAUCAGUCAGCUAAUGAUCAACCUGAAGGGGCUUUGGGUGAAGUAAAUCUUAAAGAGUUAAAUGUCGACAUGGAAGUUAAGAGCUAUGGGUGCUCCAGUUCUGAGUUGACAUUUGAUUCCGAUUCCCCUCUUCUGUCAGUUACUGAGCGGUCUCAGCUGGAUUUUGAAAGACUAAAAGAAGAUGGCAUUAACCUGGAAGAUGAGAGCUGUGAAUCAAGUAGUUCUGACCUAACUUUUGAUUCUGAUAUUCCUAAUUGCUCAGUAAUUGACCAACUUGAUGAGGAGGAACCUGUUGAUCUGGAAAAUAAAAGUAAUGAAUCUUGUGUUUCUGAAAUAACUUUUGAUUCUGAUAUUCCUCUUCAUUCAGGAAAUGAUCUACCUGAAGUAGCUGUUGGAGUAAUCAUUCAGAAAGAAGAAUAUGUACACUUAGCAAGGAAGAAUGACACACCCAUUGAUUGUGAAAUAAAUUUGGAUUCUCAUGCCCCUCUUCGUUCAGUGACUAAUCCUCCUGAAUUAUAUGUUAAAAAACUAAAUUCUCACAAAGAAGAGCAGGUACAUGUAAACAAGAAAAAUGAGCCUGCUGAAUCUGCAUUAAAUUCGAAUUAUGAUUUUUUAAAUUUAAUGCCUGGAUGUUCUGAAGAUCCUAUCACAGACGUAAACUUCCAGAAGAAUAAACACAUAUACUUAGGAACUGAGAAUAAUGAAUUUGUUUCUGAAACAAGCUUGGGUUCUGAUACCCUUUAUCCAUCUGUUAUUUGCAAACCUCAAGUUCUUGUUGAAAAUACUUGGCUUCAAAAAGAAAAGCAUGCUGAAUUACCACAUACAAGUGCUGAAUUUUAUCAUUCUGAAAUAAAUUUAGAUUCUGAUGUCCCUCAGUAUCCACUGACAGAAUCUCAAGGUGCUGGAAAAAAAGCUAAGAAAAAGACGAAGCAUACUGUAGAAAAGAACGAUACACUUGGUGCUUCUGAACUAACCUUGAAUUCUAAUGUCCUUCCUCAGUUAGUGACUGUAAAACCUCAGUUAGCUGUUUUGAAGGAGGACCAUGUUGACCCAGAAGAUGAAAGUGCUAAACUUAGAGACAGCAAGUAUCACAAAAUGGCUCAAGAAGUAAAACUGUGGAAGGAGAACAUUAGCCUGGAAAAUAAGACUGAAGAACCUAGAGGCUCAAAAAUAAUGCAUGAUUCUGAUGUUUCUUUUCAAUCUAUAGUUAGUCAACCUGACAUAACUGUUAAACAGAUAAACCUUGAGCAUAAAGAUCAAAUGUACUUAGAAAAUGAGAACAGACAAUACAGUUUGGCUGCUGACUUCCCAAUCCAGUCAGUAAUUGAGGAGCCAGAGUUCAUUGAGCUACAAAGUGAGGACAGUCAGUCUUUUGGUUCGGAAGCAAGUUUUGAGUCAGAUGACUCUCUUCAGUCAUUGGCUGUCCAGCUUAGUGACGAUAGUAGAGAUUCAGAUUUUUCGAUGGAUGAAGAUAUGGACUUGGAAGGUAAGAGGGAUGAAACGGAGGGUUUCAGAAUUAUAUACGAUUCUAAUGUCCUUCGUUCAGUGGCUUCCCAAACUGAUGUAGUUCAGGAGACUAACUGUCGUAAAGAACGUGUUGACUUGGAAGAUAAGGUUGUCCAACCUAAUGAUGCCAAUAUAAAUUUUGAUCCUAAUGAAAUUCUUCAGUCUGUGACUGAUAAGAUUGAAGAGACUAUUAAGGAAGCAAAUCUUCUGAGGGAGACACAUAUUCGCCUGGGUGGUCAGAGCUUUGACCCAGGUACUUCUGGAGCAAUUAAUCUUUCACGCAUCCCUUUUUGGUCAGUGAUUCGACCGCCACAAAGUUUGCGGGAGGAGCAUUCCAGUUUGGAAGGUGGGAGCCAUGAUCCUGAAAUACCUUCUGAUUCCAGUAAUCCUUGUCAUUCAGUGACCAGCCAAGCUGAAGUAGUUCUGGACAACAGCCAUUGUGAAGAACAAGUUGAAUUGGAAGAUAAGACUGUCCAACCUAGUGGCUCCAAAAUAAAUUCUGAUUCUGAUGAACUUUGUCAUUCUGUGACUAAUAAAAUCCAAGAGCCUACUAAAGAAGUAAAUCUUCUGAAGAAGGGACCUGCCGCUCAUCUGGAUGAUAAGGGCUAUGAACCACAUGGUUCUGGAGCAAUUUAUGCUUCAAAAAUCCUUUAUUGCUCAGUGAUUCAACCACUACAGAUUCUGCAAAAGGAGCAUUCGAGUUUGGAAGUUAAGAGCAGUGAUCCUUGUGAUCCUGAAGCAUGUACUGAUUCCAGUGAUCCUUGUCAUUCAAUGGCUGGCCAAGCUGAGAUACUGCAGGACACCAGCCAUUGGAAAGAACAUGGUGACUUGGAAGAUGAGACUGUCCAACUUAGUGAUGGCUCCGAAGCAAAUCUUGAUUCUGAUGAACCUCUUCAGUCUGUAACUAAUACAAUUCAAGCGCCUAUUCAAGAAAGAAAUUUGAAAGAGAGAUCUCUUUGUCUGGAUGAAAAGGGCUAUGAACAACCCGGUUCUGGAAUAACUUACGUUUCAAACAUCCCUUUUUGCUCAGUGAUUCGACCACCACAAACUUUGCAAGAGGACCAAUCCAGUUUGGAAGUUGGGAGCCGUGAUCCUUAUGGUCCUGAAGAAAGUUUGGAUUCCAGUGAUCCUUGUCAUUCAGUGGCUGGCCAAACCGAAGUAGUUCAGGACAACAGCCACUGGAGAGGACUUGUUGACUUGAAAGAUAAGAUGAUUGAACCAGGUGGCUCAAAACUAAAUACUGAUCCUGAUAACCUUCUUCAGCCUGUGACUAAUGAAAUUGAAGAGCCUGUUGAAGAAAGAAAUCAUCUGAAUGAGAGACUGGAUAAUAAUAGCUCUGAACCAGGCAGUUCUGGGAUAAUUCAUUUUUCAAAUACCCCUUCUUGCUUCGUGAUUCAACCACCACAGAUUUUGCAAGAGGAGAAUUCCAGUUUGGAAGUUCAGAGCAGUGAUCCUGGUGGUCCUGAAAUAAGUUUUGAUUCCAGUGCUCCUUUUCAUUCAGUGAUUGGCCAGACUGAAGUAGUUCCAGAGGCCAGCCAUUGGAAAGAUAAGGUUAUUGAGCCGGGUCACUCAAAAAUAAAUAGUGACUCUGAUAAGCCUCUUCAAUCUGUGACUAAUAAAGUUCAAGAACUUUUUAAAGAAGUAGAUCAUCUGAAGGAGGGAUAUGCUUCCCUAGAUGACCAAGUCUGUGAACCAGGUGGUUCUGGGAUAAUUCGUGUUUCACAUAACCCUUUUUGCUCAGUGAUUCAACCGCCACAGAUUUUGCAAGAACAACAUUCCAGUUUGGAAGUCGGAAGCAGUGAUCCUUGUGAUCCUGAAGAAAGUUUUGAUUCCAGUGAUCCUUGUUAUUCAGUGGCUGAACAAAUUGAAGUAACUGAGACCAGCCAGGAAGCUAAGACUGUCCAAUCUUGUGACUCUGAAAUCAAUUCUGAUUCUGAUGAACUACUUCAGUCUGUGACUACUGAGAGUCAGGUUCCUAUUGAAGAUGUAAAUCUCCCAAGCAAGGAACCUAUUCAUCUGGAUGAUAAAGACUGUGAACCAUGUGCUUCUGGAGCAAUUUAUGCUUCAGAUACCUCUCUCCAUGCUAUAAUUCCGCCACCACAAAUCUUGCCAGAGGACCAUUCCAGUUUGGAAGUUGGGAGCAGUGAUUCUUAUGGUCCUGAAAUAAGUUCUGAUUCCAGUGAUCCUUGUCAUUCAGUGGCUGAAGAAACUGAAGUGUUUCAAGAGACCAGCCAUUGGGAAGAACAUGUUGACUUGGAAGAUAAGACUGUCCAACCUAGUGACUCCAAAAUGAAUACUGAUUCUGAUGAACUUCUGUCUGUGACUAACGAAAUUCAAGAGCCUACUAAUGAAGCAAAUCUCCUGAGUGAUACUACAGACUAUGAACCAGAUGAUUCUGUAGUAUUUCAUGUUUCAAAUAACCCUCUUCACUCAGUGAUUGAACCACCAGAGAUUUUGCAAGUGGAGCAUUCCAGUUUGGAAGAUAAGACUAGUGAUCCUUGUUGUCCUAUAAUAAGCUUUGAUUCCAGUGAUCCUUGUCAUUCAGGAGUUGGACAGCUUCACAAUACUGUUGAAGAAAUAAAUCUGAAGGAAGACCAUGUUUACCUGGAAGACAAGAGCUACAGACUAGUAGAUGUUGAAGCAAGUUGUGAUUCUGAUAUACCUGUUCAGAUUGUGGUGGAUCAGUCUGUGGAGGAUGAGUCUGUCAAAGAAAUAACUUUGGAAACAAAGGACAAUAAUGAUAUAGAAAAUGAGGACUAUCAACCUGGUUGUUCUGAAAUAAGGUAUGAUUCUGAUCUUCACCAGCAGUCAGAAAUUGACCCACCUCAAGUGGUUUGCCAAGAAACAGGCCUUCCGAAGAAAGAGCUUCUUGGCAUGGAAGAAAAGUCCAGUGAAUCUAGUGACUCUGAAAUGAUAUACGAUGCUGAUGUCUCUUUUGAAAUAGUAGUUAAUCAAGGUCAGACGUCAGAUAGUGAAACAGAGUCUCCACAAGUGGUGAUUGUAAAUGUGGCAGCUAAUGACAGUGACUGUGACCGUGAAGUAAUUUCUGAUUCUAAUAUCCCUCUUGAGGUAGUGAAUGAACCACCUCAGGUGACUGUCCAAGACACUAGCAGUACAGAUAGUCCUCCUGUGGUAGGAAGUCUGAAGUGUGACUUCUGCGGUUUUGAAGUAAAAUAUGAUCCUAGUACCUUUCUUCAGUCAGUGACAAACCCGUCCAAAAAGAGCUUCAGAAUAAUUAACCGGAACAAUGACUAUAUUAUUUUGGGUGACUCCACAUGUCAGUCUUGUGGUUAUGAACUAAAUUUUAAUGUUGCUCCCUCCAAGCCUGUGACUUUCCAGCCACAGGGACCUGGUCAAAGUGGUGGUGACUCAGGAGACAAGAGCCGUGAAUCUAAUGAUUCUAAAAGGGAUUUUAAUUUGGAAGGCACUUCUCAGGCAGUAAAUAAUCAACUGCAGAAAACUGACACAGAAGACAAUCGUUGGGGAGAUGUAAUAAAUACUGGCAUGGACAAUAGUAAUCCUGCAGCAGAUGAAGCUGUCUCUUCUGCGCCAGUUAUUGAGCCUAUUUCUCCUCAGGCCAACCCUUCAACGUCAGAACAUUCUGACCUAGAAAGAAUGAGUGGUUCUGAGAAGGAUUCUCAAGGUGAUCUCUCUCUUCAGUCUAAUCCUGGCAAGCAUCAAGUACCUAUUAAGAAACGCCGUCGUAAGAGAGCAACUUCUGACCCGAGAGAAGAUUCCCAGUCAAGCUAUGUUCCCAAGGUAAAGAACCGUAAAAAGGCAGCUUUAGACCGGAGAGAAAAUACCCAUGAUGCUCAGUCAAGCUCUGCUUCUGUUGAUCACCAAUCCAGCUACAUUCCUCAGGUUGAUUCUGGAAAGAGCCGGAAGAAAGGAGCUCAAAGCCUGAGAGAAAACAGCUGUGGCUCCCAGUCAAGUUCUGCUCCUAUUGCUCGCCAGCCAGGCUAUGUUCCUCGGUUUCAUUCUGGAAAGAGACGGAAGAAAGUAUCUUUUGACCUGAGAGAAAAUACUCAUUACUUCUAUCCAGGCUCUGCUCUUCCUAAUUGCCCACCAAACUAUGUUCUUCAGAACACAGGUGAUUCUAGAAAGAACAGAAAGAAAGUAACUUUUGACCUGAGAGAAAAUACUCGCUAUUUCCAUCCAGGCUCUGCUCCUAUUGCUUGCCAAUCAAGCUGUGUUCCUCGGGUUGAUUCUGGAAAGAAGAAGAAGAAGAAAGCGCAUGGCCCGAGAGAAAAUACCAAUGAUUCCCCAUCUUGUUCUGCUUCCAGGGCUCAUUCUGUAAGGGGCCCGGGAAGAAAUGUUGUAGAAGAAAAUCCAAAUGAACCAGUUCUUGAAGCCUUGCCUCAUGUCCCACCUUCUUUCGUGGGUAAAACAUGGACUCAGAUAAUGAAAGAAGAUGACGUGAAAAUUAAUACACUUGUGAAGGAAUUUAAGGAAGGUCGUUUCCGUUGCUAUUUUGAUGAUAACUCUGACAACAAUGAAGUUUUUUUUAAUGAAGAGGAAAAUAAUACCUGGCCUGAGUUUAACCAAGACACUGAAUCAGUUCAGGCUCAGUCAGAUCCUGAAGUUACUGAAGGCAGUAUUGUGGAGAACAGUGGCAUUGCAGAGACUUUAGCUCAACCACAACCUCACUGUUCUCGAGCAGAGGAGCCUCCUAAACCAAGUGAGAAUGUGGCUUCUCAGAGCCAGGUGGAGAAAGUCAGCAAUGGAACGGAAAUCAAUUAUAAGAACUACCCGUUGAAGAAAAGAAAAAUAAACAGACCAGUGGAAGAACCACCAAAAAAGAUAAAUGUGCAGAGUGACAGUGCCGAAGAAAAAAAGCCCAAAAGCAGAGCUUUUGUAUUUCCUACACUAGAAUUUAAAGUUGUGGAGCCUAAUUCUUUAAUCUGUGUUUCUUCUGUGAGUACGAAGAGAAUGGAAGAGGAAUCCUUCAGCUCACCUAACACAAAGCAGUAUAGUUAUGAACAGAAUAACCCCAGUAACCCAUUGCUUAAGAAAACAGCAACUAAUUCUCCACAGAACCCAGCAGUACCACACUCUGGCAGGCCUAAGAAAGCUAACACUGGACUUACCAGGCGUAACUGGAGCACCCGUCCAAGAAAGAACGCAAGAAAACUCGCUCCAGCAGCACCAGCAAGAUACGAAUUAAGGUCACGUUAUCGGGCCACAAAGUCUGCGACAGCUGUAGGAAAUUCAGAAGAUGCAAGUGCUAGUGGUGUUCUGAAUGAUAACUGCCAGCCAGCUCCUUUAAGUCCUGAUGUUGCCAAAAUGGCUUCCAAGCCAGUGAGAAAUGAAUUCUUUGACGUCAAAAGUAAAAAGAAGACUCCAAAAGGGAAGAUAACAACUGAUGAGAAGUCACACUAUUUCAAGAAUGCUUCUGAAGCAGUUAUUCUCCGACAAAAAUUCAGACUAGCUUCGGCAAAACUGUCCGUUCGAGUUCAGAUGAAAGCCAAUUAUGUUAUUAGAAAGUAUCUUUUGAGAUACUCUGUUUUUCUACGUCGUCGUUUCCAACGCAGGGGCACUGUUCUUGGAACCUAUCUUAAAAAGAAGAUGUCUCUUGCUAAUAGAGUAAAGGAGGUGAAGAGAGCAGCUGAAAUGUUUUUGAGCUCCUCACUCCUACCAAUUGCUGUUGGAAAACGCUUAAGAGCUAUUUCAAGUCUUUCUCCAAAGAAAUCCAUGCGGCAUCCUUCCAGUGUUAGAGGAAGAAGGAAGUACAGGAGAAGAUACCAUCGCAAGAAGUCUGCCCCUAUUAGAGAAUAUGAUUUGAGAAGCUCAUCUUCUGUACCGAACGUGGUUAGAAGGAUGGUAACCCGGCUCACAAGCAAACUGAGAAGCAAUGAGGUAAAAUAA